AUGCAAUUUGGUUUGAUUGAUGUAAGUGAUGCUAUGGCAAUGAGGCCUGAUGGACAUCCUGGUAAAUAUGGCCAUUUAUAUUACAACAAUGUUAAGGUUACUGAUUGUGCUCAUUGGUGUUUGCCGGGUCCUGUUGACACAUGGAACCAGUUUUUGCUCUAUAUGAUGAAGGGAAUAAGCACUUCAAUUUAUCUUCAAAAAUUAAAGUAUUCACAAGCCUCCAAGAAAAUGCACCAAAAAGCGAUAAUAACAAGUAUUGUCAAUUAUUGUGUGUACUUAUUGUUAAUGUAUGUGGUCUUGCCUCGUGCACAUCAUGCUUUGACUUGUAUUUGCUUGCUUUCGUUGAUAAUAAUCUCUGGCCCACGGGGUGGAAUUUUGAGAGAGAAGAUUCAUAUAAGUAUUGCUGGAAGUGAGAGAGUUAGAAGGUGGAGCUUCCUUGCGGCAUCGCCACAUUCAGAAUAUUCUUAUAUUGGUUCAAUGGAUAAGUCAUGGAUCACAAAGCCACGAAACUCAAUAGAGUAUGAGCGAGGGGUUAGGAGGUUUAUUGAUUUUGCCUUCGAAAAUAGUUUAGCUGAAGCAACUGUAUGCCCUUGUUUGAAGUGCGGUUUUAGAAAAAAAGUGACAAAGGGUGAGAUGUACGAUCACUUGAUAUGUACCCAAUUCCCGAAAGAAUAUACACUUUGGUUUUAUCACGGAGAGAUUGAGGUAGGGGAUCCCAGUAGUAACGUCUCAAAUAGUGAUGCUUCAAAUGCUUUUGAUGAUUUUAAUCAAGAUUCUAUUCAUGACAUGCUUGGAGAUGCUUUUGGGACUGAUAUGCACUGGACAAAUGAAGUCUCAAUAGAGUCAGAUGAAGACAUUGAUGGAGUUGAAAGAGUGAUGCCAGAUGUAGCUGAUGCAGCGGAGUUUGAAGAAUUGGCAAGUCAUGCAGAACUACCUUUGUAUGAAGGGUGUACAAGAUAUUCAAGAUUGUCCUUUUUGGUGAAGAUGUAUCAUAUUAAGUGUAUAUGUGGGAUGACUGACAAGGCAAUGUCGAUGAUAUUUGAACUCUUACAUGAUGCAUUUGAACAUGCAGAGAUUCCGAGUUCAUUUUAUGAAGCAAAGAAAACUAUCUUGAAGCUUGGUAUGAAUUAUGAGAAGAUACAUGCAUGCCCGAACAAUUGCAUGCUGUAUUGGGGUGAAGACAAGGAGAAAGAAAUGUGUAAAGUUUGUAACAGGUCUAGAUGGAAACUAGAUACAAAGGGUGGUGAGAUUCAAGAAUCAAAUCAUGGGAAUAUUAGGAAGAAGGUGCCUGCUAAAGUUCUUCGUUACUUUCCACUAAAACCUCGUUUGCAAAGGUUAUUUUGGUUAUUUUAG